AGUGGACUGUAUAGGCUGUAAUGAAUGAACAAUGAUAAUUGCUUCUUUAUUUUAAAAAAAAAGUCAUCAUAUCUUAGUAAUCAAUCAAGCUAAAAAUUAAAAAAAAAUUGAUCCAAAAACAAAUGAUUUAUACGUUUUGAAGGGAAACCAGAGAAAAAAAAUUCUCACAACAAUAAUAAAAAUAAAAAAUGUCAGCCUGGAAAUUAAAAAAAAAAACAUAUUCAAUGAUUCUCAAACUACUUCUUAAUUUAAAAAAGAAAUCUUACCUGUAUCAUGCAACUGGCCAAAAAUAAAAAAUAAAAACUAAACCAAAUUCACUUAUCUCUACUUCUAAAAUAAUAAUAGAAAAUCUUUUCACAGAAAAAAAAAUGGACGAAGAACUUGAUUCAUCAGAACUGGGUACACAGAAAUACUGGCAAGAAACUUACAUAAAGGAAAUACAUAAUUAUGAGGACCAUGGUGAUCCCGGCGACGUCUGGUUCGGUGAAGACAGCGCAAUAAGAGUUAUCAACUGGAUAUGUGAUUUGGGCAUUGAUAAAAAUACAGCAAUCGUUGAUCUGGGUUGCGGUAAUGGUUACACACUAUCAGAGCUAGCGAGAAAUGGUUUCACAAAUUUAUUAGGAAUCGAUUACUGUGAGGAAGCUGUGACAUUAGCUGAAAAAGUUAACAAAAAUGAAUUUCCCAUAAUAAAGUUCAAGGUGUUUGAUAUAAUAAACAAUGACGUGGUUACAUUAGGAAAAUUUGGUUUGGUCCACGAUAAAGGAACGUAUGACGCGAUAUCGCUAAACCCGGACAACCCUAGGGAACACAGACAGAAGUACAUCGAACAAGUGGUUGAAAUGUUGCAGGAUAAUGGUAUAUUUGUAAUAACGUCAUGUAAUUGGACAGAAAGUGAAUUAUUAAAACAUUUUCAAGAAAAAUUGAAAUUAAAAUGCGUGAUACCGACGCCACAGUUCAAAUUUGGCGGGAAAGUCGGCAGCGUUGUAUCGUCUAUGGUGUUUGAGAAAAAUGUUUUUGAAUAAAAUUAAAAAAUAUAUAUUUA